GGUUCUCCUGUACCCUUAAAAAGAUGUCCAUCACCGGACUGAAGAAAAAGCAGCCAAAAAUGUUCAAAGUGAAAGUGACCACGAUGGACGCUGAGAUGGAGUUCAGCUGUGAGGUGAAAUGGAAGGGGAAAGACCUGUUUGACCAGGUGUGUCGCGCUUUGGGUCUGAGGGAAUCGUGGUUCUUCGGCUUGCAGUAUUCGAUCAAAGGACUGGUCACUUGGCUCAAGAUGGAGAGAAAGGUUUUGGAUCAGGACAUUCCCAAAGAAGAUCCAAUGGGCUUCUGUUUCCUGGCAAAGUUUUACCCGGAGAAAGUUGAAGAAGAACUUCUGCAAGAGAUCACCCAACACCUCUUCUUCCUGCAGGUUAAGAAACAAAUAUUGGAUGAAGAAAUUUACUGCUCUCCUGAGGCUACCAUUUUGUUGGCUUCUUAUGCCGUUCAAGCCAAGUAUGGCGACUACGACCCCAAUCUGCACAAACCGGGCUUCCUGGCUCCAGAGGAGCUCUUGCCAAAGAGAGUCCUCCGUCAAUAUCAGAUGACGCCUGCCAUGUGGGAAGAGAGGAUUACGGCUUGGUACGCUGGGCACCAGGGCGUGGCCAGGUACGAAGCUGAGAUGAACUACCUUAAAAUCGCGCAAGACCUGGAGAUGUACGGGGUGAAUUAUUUCCCUAUCGCUCAAAAGAAGAACCGCACAGACUUCCUGCUCGGGGUGGACGCCAAAGGGAUCCAUGUUUACAGCAUCAAUAACCGCUUCUCUCCGAAUAAGUCUUUUGAGUGGAGCAGCAUCCGGAACAUUUCCUACAGUGACAAAGAGCUCACAAUUAAACCCAUUGACAAGAAGGCUGAAGUCUUUAAGUUCUUCUCAUCGCAGCCUAAAGUCAAUAAACUGAUCAUGCAGCUCUUCAUCGGGAACCACGACUUGUUCAUGAGAAGGAGGCGCGUGGAUCCUGUCGAGAUCCAGCAGAUGAAAGCUCAGGCCCGGGAAGAGAAAGCCAGGAAGAAGACGGAGCACCAGCGCCUGGCCAGGGAGAAGCUCCUGCGCGAAGAGGCCGAGCUGGCCAAGGAAGAGCUGGAGCGGCGCCUCUUCGAGGUGGAGGACGAGGCCCGGCAAGCCAACGAGGCCCUGCGCCGUUCGGAGGCAGCCGCGGAGCUGUUGGCCGAGAAGGCCCAGAUCGCGGAGGAGGAGGCCAAGCUGUUGGCCCAGAACGCCGCCGAGGCUGAGCAGGAGCGGCACCGGCUGGAGCUGGCCGCCUUGAAAACCAAGGAAGAGAAGCGGCUGAUGGAGCAGAAGAUGCGGGAGGCGGAGCUCAUUGCCAUGACGCUGGUGAAGGAGUCGGACCGGAGGGCGAAAGAAGCAGAGCAUCUGAAACAAGACCUGCAGGAGGCCAGAGAAGCGGAGGAGAAAGCCAAGCAAAAGCUGCAAGACGUCAGCAAACGUAGUCAAGCCCCUCAUGCUGCCAAGUGCGCCCAGCCUUUCUCUGCUGACCCCAGCGCUGACAAAAGCUGUGUAAAGAUGGAUUUGAGAGACAUCGACUUGAAACGUCUCUCCUUGGAGAUCGAGAGAGAGAGAUUAGAUUACCUGGAUAAGAGCAGGAGAUUUGAAGACCGGCUAAAAGGACUCAAGUCCGAAAUCAACGCUCUGAAACUUGAAGAGAAGCAGGCCGGGUUCCUCUCGCACUGGAAUGAGGUCCUCAGGGCCUUAGAAGACCCCCCGGGCAAGACCUGCAAGGCUCCUCCGUGGAUCAACGCCUUUGGAACAGACUUGCUGGAGAGCCUGCAGCAGCCUUUCUUGGCCUGUCCGCUCAGUGUGAUGGACGGCUGCCUGAGCAAAGCUCCGGUAGAUGACCCCUCUUUCCAGACCCAUCCCCUGGUUGCCAGCAAUGUGGGGACAGGACCCAGGAAGCACAUUAAGGUUCAGCAGCACAAGACAGAUGUGAUCUAUAUCUGAAGUGCCUCCCCGUGACGGAACACAGCUCGUGAGCUGUCUGACCAAAGGCCGCUUUGAGAUCCGGGAGAGAUUGCUGCCUCCCGGAGCCUGUCAAAUUUCAAUUUGGUUCCUCUAAAGGUGCGUCCUUCAUUCUGAAGAUGCCAGGUGACCCAGGGAGCAGAGGUGGGCGGCCGGGCGGCCUCCACCCCACCGUUUCUUGCACCCCCUUGGAGGCAUGCUAGAAUUUUUGUUUGUUGAGAAUUCGUCAUCCCCGUAUAUAGUUAAGAAGAAACUUGUUAAGGCGGGGGAAUUGAACCUCCUUCAGCCCGAGGGCAGAAUUUAAUGCAGAGAAACUCUUGGGGAUUGCGUCCCAGUGGUGGGCGAGGAGACCAACGUUCCACCCUACUUUAGCGAAAAGCUUGUACUGCCAGUAACUAAAUCUCAGGGGUGGCAUUUCAGCCUCUU